UAUAACGAAACAAUACUGUAAAUUCGACAAUAAUUUUCCGUACAUUAUUUACAACAUAUCACAUAUUUAAGAUUUACUUGCGAUAAAUGGAUCGGAUUACAGUAUUUUGCAUUGACAAACAACACAUCCAUUUCUCAAAAUACGUUCUGUGUAAAUAUAGUGAGAGAAUAAAAGUGAUGCUACGUUUUUAUUCAAACACAACAUCAGUCUUCCUUUACUUACCAUAUUCGUUGGAUGUUUUGCAACAAAUUAAAGAAUAUCUGGAAGAAAGACAAGAAACCAUAAAAUCAAUGCAAAAUGCGAUGGACGUGUUCUGCGUAAGCAAUCGAUUAGGCCUAAGUAAUUUAAGAAAAAUAUGUCGAGAUUUUAUGACCGAUCCGUCAAGAGUUAAGAACGUGUGUUAUGUAUAUGACUUAGCAUGUCAACAAGACGAUUGGAAAUUACAAUAUUUGUGCUGGAAUAUUUUUAAUUCGAAAUGGCAUGAAAUUUUCUCAUCGAAUGAAUGGCUGAACUGUGAAGCAACAACCAUGGAUAGACUCGUUCGUAGACCAAUAAAUUCAUUUAUUGACGAAACAGACAUCUUCACAGUAGUUUUAGAAUGGGCCAAGAAAAGAGUUAAUAAUGAAAAAUCUCUAAGACAAGUCAUGAAACCUUUCCUUCCAUACAUACGAUUUCUGACAAUGCCAGAAUGGUUUCUGGAAUCUCAAGUGUUCGUUAAACCGAUCUUAAUGGACGUAGAGAGAGUGCAAUAAGAUGUUACUUGCAAAAUAAGGAUUUCGACGAGACAUGGUUUAUUCCUAACAGUAUUUGUGACAUUACAUGUCCUAGAAAACACGAAUUACUCUCAUCCUGGUUCUCUUGUGUGAAUCGAAGUGCAUACUUUAUUAACGCAACAAAGAAACUGAAUACAAAUAUUCGAUUUAUAUGCGACAUAGUUGCUAAGGAAGAUUGUUUUAUCACCAAAUUGUAUCUUCCUAUAACACAUUGCAUUAAAGAAGGUAUAACUGUAAUCUUGAAUUUUUCUGCUAACUUGAAUUUACGGACAAAAUAUCGUUUGAGAACAGCAUGUAAUACGAAAGGAUGUAUUUUAUUGAAUGAUGUUUCUUUACUGAUUCGAAAGUUUACAUUUUAUCGAUUGAUUGCUAAAAUUGCAGAGACACGUCAUUGCAAAAAAUAACAUAAGAAUCAGUCCCUCGGCAAAUUACUACAAUCCGUUCGAAGGAAUUCAAUGUCUUAAAGAUUUGCAGUUUGAAUCCGAAUUGAAAGAUGAAUUUGAGUACUUCUACUUCGAUGUUAUGCCCUACUUUUAAAUACGGAUACACAAAUUAAUUUUCCUCUAUAUUAUAUAAUGUUAAUCUCGUAAUAUUAAAAAAUUUAUGCGUUUUAAUUUCGAUUAAUUAAAUUUAACUUUUAC